CUAAAACAUAAUACAGUGCAAACAAACCAAACCAACCACCCACAGAUAACAGUACAUACAAGCAAGCGUCGUCAGGCAGGCCGGGUCAAUAUCAAUAGGGCAGGUAGGUACAGGGGGAGCAAGCGGAGAUGGGUCGGGGUCACAGGCCAGGUUCAGCAGGUAGCAAGCAGCGUGGUACAGAGGGUCAGGCAGAGGGAUGGUCAGGAGCGAGCCGGGAUCAGAGCAGGUGAAGUCAGCAGCGGUUCAGAUCAGGCAGGGUCAGCAAAGGAACAGAAACAGGAUGCAGGACAGAUACAGGGCCCAGGACAAACACAACACCAGGGCAGAGUCUGCAAGUCUGGCCAU